GGAGCAGGCCGGGCGCGCUUGGUGUCGCCCUGGGGACGAACCCCCCGACCCCUGCAGAAGGUUUCAGCACCUGGGGGCUGCGCCUCCGCGGCGUGGCGACUCUCCCCGGUCCUAGCUAUGGCACAGGGGACUGAAAACUGCGAUCCCAUCGGAUCCAUCUUACUCCAGAUCCAAGAAGACCUUCACCAAUUAAAGGAGAAAUUAACGAAAUUCCCAUGUGAGGAAGAAAGAAAGACUCUAGAUAUUCAGAAUCUUGAAACAGCGAUCCGAAGGACAGAAAUGGGGUUAAGAAUUCACAUUCAGAAGUAUUUAGAUGUUGUAAACCAUCAGGUGUUAAUGACUUCCAUGGAUGAGAACUUACAUACUCCUGUAUCUUCAAAAUGGUUGUUUCCAGCUGUAAUUGACCAGAAGUCAUUUGUUUUUCCCCCGGAAUCUGAAGGUAAACUCUGGAGACUCCCAAAACAGCGUGGCUUAGUUCCAAGAGUAAAGCGAAAGAUAGGGUUGAAUGUAAAAAUCAUGCAAGAUCCUGAAAACACCCACCACAGAGCUGCUGUAAAUGCAAACUAUGGGAUCAGUUUGCCAUAUAUUAAUCAGAGAAAAACACAUGUGAACGUUCAGAAGUUAAUAAAAGGGUCCACCAUAUCCAACCUCACAGUCCUGCCAUCUUCUUAUCGCACGGAUCCCUGCUUUGUCCCCACACCAGUCUUACAGAAGGACGCCAGUAAAGGGAUUCUAAGUAUGAUAGAACGCGGACUGAUUCCCCCAACAGCAAGGAUUACCUUUCAGAAUCCACCCAUCAUGCCCAGAGCGGUUCCUCUGCAUAGUUUUGACGAAGCCCAUAAGCUGCCAACUGCAACUCCCGUCACUGUGCCUCAGAAACUCCCACUGGUUCCAGAGGAAGUGCCGUUGUCUCAGAGACAAAACUCAAAGGGGAGAGGCAGAAGGUCAAGAGGACACUAUGAUGGGAAGGUUUGUUGGCCGAACAACCAAAACCCAAGAAGCUCAGCCAUGAAAACUGCAUCUUCCCGAGCUCCCAAAUCAGCAUGGGAUUAUGACUUUUCUAUUCAUGAUGGCAUCAUAGACAAGACAGCCCCAGACUUCUUAGCAUUCAAGGAACAUUUCAGCUUAACUUGGGGGAGCAUUUUUUCUCUCUUAGAACACAUUGAGAAGUUUCUCAGGGACUAUGCAAUACCAGAAGUCAAAAUAAAAGGGAGGAGUUUGAUGGCCUUCCUUCCAGAGUUUGAGCUGACAAAUAAACUUACCCGAAACAACCUUCUCUCAGUGUUAGAGAACCCACUUCACGUCCAGAUGCUGUUAAAUCUUCCAGGACAGAGGUACAAGGGCCAAGGUGGUAAGUCAGAGGCCGCCAGCAAGAUCCAAGCCACAUGGAAAUGCUUCAGAGCGAGAAAAUUCUUCCUCACUUACCGCCAGCAGAAGUGGGCAUCAGGCGUGAUCUCUAUCGCUUGGCUUUUACAUUGCCACAAGACUCGACUGAGGAAGCUCCUGAAGGAAUCGCGUCAGAGGCACCUGGAGAAUUUCCGCAUCCGAGCCAAGCAUCUGGCAGCCAACUGGAAUCGCAUCAGGACCUCCAGGAGGACUAUUAUCCAUAUCCCAUCAUUAGGAUAUUCCCAGCCUGUUCGAGAACAUAUUGCUGAUUUCAGCACACAACAGAAUAUGCAGCUGGGGAGGCUGUGUGACAUCUUAGAUGACAAUGUAAACAUCAUCUACAUCUGCUCCCAUCAUAUGAAUGACGAGUUAAUGCUGUAUUAUAAUAAAAUCCUGAGUCUACAUGCAGCUGUCAAAUCGGGGAACCUUGAGGACAGAAGUGACCUGCAGCAUAGGUUCAAAAUUAUCACCCCUGAAGCUGUAAACAUCUUCACUACCCAUCAGAUGUGCCUGGCCACUCACCUGCUGUACAGUCCCAAGGCAAUCAAAAGAAUAAAAAAUCUCAUCCAAGGCAGGGAGGCCUACAUCGUGGGUGGACUCCUUCACAGAGAUGAUUUGGCUGUGGCUGAUUUGUUAAAUGUACCCAUCCUGGGCUCGGAGCCUGAACUGGUGCAACUUUAUAGUGCCAAGUCUGGAAGUAAACAGGUUUUCGACAGUGCCAGCGUGCCAACCCCUCCUGGAAUAUAUGACAUCUAUAGUUAUCAACAGAUGUUAGAACGACUGAGCCAGGUUGUGACGGAUCACCUGCAAAUCCAGCGCUGGCUCUUUAAAAUGGACUUGGAGUUUGGAGGAAAUGGGACUGCAUUUUGUGACAUUUCUUCACACCUGCAGUGCUACAAGUGGGUGCUAAAGGAGAGCAACAGAUACGGCUGUGAAGACUGGAGAAAGAAGUGGGCACAUGAGCCAGCUUUGGUGAAGAUCUCCGAGGAGCUGGCAGGCAUUUUAGCACAGCACGCACAGCCAGUCAAUGAGAAACGGUUCCCAACGUGGAGGAAAUUCCUCCAAACAUUUCUCAGUCAAGGGGGCGUGAUCCAAGCAUUCCCACCUGCAGACAGUGUCACCAACCUGACAGUAGACAUGCUGAUUGAGCCCAAUGGAGAGAUCAAGGUGCUGUCAACAGGGGACCAGUUUCAUGCCGAAGGUCCCUUCAUUUCUUCUGGUACCACCGUGCCCCAGACCUCAGUGGAUCCUCAAGUUCUCAGUUCUGUAUGCCUCCGAAUUGGAAAGGCCUGCCAAGUGAGAGAUGUGGUUGGUUACUGUUCUAUAGAUCUAGUGACUUUUAUUGAUCCGAGGACCUUGGAACAGCAGCUAUGGGCAACGGGCCUCAGCCUCUCAUAUAGUGACCAGCUGGCUCUGACUCAGCUCACCCUCUACCUGACAAAUGGCCAUCUGGACUGCAGUCUGAGCACCCUUGAGGUGCCCCGCUUUGUCCCAAAGAAAGAAACAAAAACGAAGCACCAUGGCACCCUGUCAGUGCCGUCACAGGAAACCAGUCGCUAUGCAGUGAUGACCACCCAGCUGAAGCAUACAAACCUCUCACUGGUUUUCCACUAUGUUUUCCUCCAGAUGUGUAAGGCACAUGGCAUCGGUUAUGACCUUGAGGACAGACAAGGAACUGUUUUUAUAUUAUAUGAAAGCCUGAAGAGAGACAAGUUGGGCAUGUUAACAAUCGGUGUAGAUCUCCAGGGGGUCCUCAUGACCUUUGCUCGCAAUCUCUUCAUCAUCCAUCAAGAAAUAUCAGCACCUAAUAUGCAAGGCGAGACCAAUUUUAAGACCACCAUUGAUGAUAUCAAAACCAUUCUAGGCGUAACAAAGGAAAACAAAAUGAGAUUAGAAGAAGAACUAAAGUCCAAAGAUGAUAAAAACCUCUCUAAGGCUGAUAAAUGAUCCUGGAACACAUUACAAUUUGGGAAUCUCAUUCUGGAGUAAGAAAGGGCAAUAUUUCUUCUG